GUAGUAUGAAGCCGAUUUUUUGUGGAAACUUUGAGUAUGAUGCUCGACAGCCUGAUUUGGAGAGACUGUUUAGUCGAUAUGGAAAAGUUGAUAGAGUAGAUAUGAAAUCUGAAUUUUCUUUGGUGCAGGAUUUUCUUCGCAUAUUCAUAAUCCUCUUGGUUAAUGAUGGCUCUUCAGAAUUGAGUUUUCCGUCUGUGACAAGCUUCCUCUUCUUGUUUCCACGACGAUUCAAACCGAUCCUCAAUGGCACUACUACUAUCUUACAUUUUCCUCCGACACUUUGCUUUCCAGUUUCCAUUCCUCAUGACUUUUGCAUGCCUACAAUUCAUACAUUGUUUCAAGGUUGAAACAUUGUCAACCUCAGCUGAGCCUGCAGAAUAAUGGAGAAGGCACUUUCUAUUUGUAGACCUACCAUGAGACAUCCUGUUUUGGAUUAUUGCUCCUUGACAUCACUUAGUUCAUACACAAGGCUUUGCUUUCAUCUACAUGGAGGAUGAGAGAGAUGCUGAGGAUGCUAUCCGUGCACUUGAUCGGAGAGAAUUUGGUCGAAAGGGCCGCAGACUACGUGUUGAGUGGACCAAACAAGAACGUGGGAUUAGAAGACCUGGUGGAGGAGGUGGUGGAGGUGGAGGAGGUUCGAGGAGAUCCUCUACGAAUACAAGACCUUCGAAGACUUUAUUUGUUAUCAACUUUGACCCGUAUCAUACUAGGACAAGAGAUUUGGAGAGGCACUUCGAUCCUUAUGGUAAGAUAUUGAGUGUAAGGAUUCGAAGGAAUUUUGCAUUUGUCCAGUAUGAAUUGCAAGACGAUGCCACUAGAGCAUUGGAGCUUACAAACAUGAGCAAAUUGAUGGAUCGAGUGAUUUCAGUGGAAUACGCUGUUCGAGAUGAUGACGAGAAGAGAAAUGGAUUUAGUCCUGAUAGGAAUCGUGAUAGGUCUCCCGAUAGAAAACGACGAUCUCCAAGUCCCUAUAGAAAAGAGCGAGGAAGUCCUGAUUAUGGCAAUGGUAUUAGCCCUAGUCCAUAUAGGAGACAAAGGGCUAGUCCUGAUUAUGGAAGUCGUCGUAGUCCAAGUCCUUAUCAGAGGGAGAGAGAGAGGGAGAGGGGUUCUCCUGAUUAUGGUCGUGGUCGUAGUCCGAAUCAGAGUCCUUAUAGGCGAGAGAGGGAGAGAUCAAGUGACCAUGGUCGUGGUCGUAGUCCGAAUCAGAGUCCUUAUAGGCGAGAGAGGGAGAGAUCACGUGACCAUGGUCGUGGUCGUAGUCCUAAUCAGAGUCCUUAUAGGAGAGAGAGGGAGAGAUCAAGCGACCAUGCCAGGGCCCCUAGCCAUAGCCCUCCCCAUCAGAGGGAAAGACCAAAUGAUGACCGAGUCCGCGACCGAAGCCGCAGCCCUUACGGGAGAGAAAGGGGGAGUCCUACUACCGAUGGACGUGGCAGUAGCUAUAGUCCUCGCGAUAGAGAGAGGUCAAACCCAGACAAUGGUCAUGAUCAGCGGCUGAACACAGUAGUAGCCGAACCCGAACCCGGGGAUAGCCCCAGUUAUGGUGGGACAACUCAGAGCCCAAAGCACCGUGGAUAUAGCAGCCGUUCACCACAAGCAGAGGAAUGAUGAUGAUGAUGCAGUAGAAAGUGAAGGUAUGUGGAUCUCAAUCUGCUGCUUCAGGGUAUGUUUGGUUGUGUAAUCAGUAUUGAGUAGCAAACAUGUAUUCAAACGAUACACUCUGCUUUGUGAUUUCCAAUUACAUUUGUGGCGCUUUAAUUUCGAGUGAUUAUUCUAUGCUUGCAAUCAAAAUUAACAGAACCACCCUGAUCCAUAUUUGGCUGUCCUAAGUGAAUCAACUUGUAUUUUUGGGGU